UGUGCAAUUAAUAGUUUCUCUGGUUACGUAGUGAGAUAAAUAAAAUUUUCACUUAUAUACAAAUUUGAGAUUUACCUGUAUUUCUAACAUAUUUUUAACUAGGCAAAUAACGCUUUUGGUUUGAUAGUUUAAAAAUACGGAGUGUCUGAAAUAUGUUUUUUUUUUUUUUAAAGUGUACGAGAUGUAUUUGAAUGCAUCAUGACGUCAUCAUCGGUGACCAUAUAUUGCUGUAUAGAAGCGCACUUUCUGGACCAAAUCUAACGGACGCCGGGGUUUCACAACUUCGCUAGACCAAGUUAUCUUUAUUUUAGAUUGUGAACAGAGAUGUCUUUUAUAUUUGACUGGAUCUACAAGAGCUUCAGCAGUGUCCUGCAGUUAUUAGGGUUGUACAAGAAGAGCGGGAAGCUGAUUUUCCUCGGACUGGACAAUGCUGGAAAAACAACCCUUCUGCAGAUGCUCAGAGAUGACAGGCUGGGACAGCACAUGCCAACACUAUACCCAACAUCUGAGGAGCUGACCAUAGCCGGAAUGACGUUCACCACAUUCGACCUCGGCGGUCACACGCAAGCUCGAAGGAUCUGGAAGAAUUACUUCCCAGCAAUAAACGGGAUCGUCUUCAUGGUGGAUUGUGCUGAUCAUGAACGUCUAGCAGAGGCUAAAACAGAGCUGGAUGCGCUGUUAACAGAUGAAACCAUCGCUAACAUCCCGGUUCUCAUCCUGGGGAAUAAGAUCGACCGUCCAGAAGCCAUCAGCGAGGAUGCACUCAGAGGAGUGUUUGGUCUGCAUGGACAAACAACUGGAAAGGGUAAAGUCUCACUGAAGGAGAUGAAUUUGAGGCCGAUGGAGGUGUUCAUGUGUAGCGUCCUGAAGAGACAAGGUUACGGAGACGGUUUUCGCUGGCUCUCUCAGUAUAUUGAUUGAUUACACUGCCUUUGAAAAACAAUAACUGGACUUCUGCUGAUGCCUGUACACACAAAAGCAUAUUUUGCAGAAAACUACUUGCAGUAUAUACGUCUUAUUAAAUAUGCCAUCUCUGGUAGUUUGACCUCAAGUGAGAGAAACAUGUAAGCAUUUGUUUUGUUAUAUUAUAUUGUACAAAUAGAAAUCCAUGUGUCAUACAGCACAUUGCAAUUGCUGAACUUCUCUCUUCGGACUGAAUGUGGAGACAAACAUUCAUGCUGCGCUGCUACAUUUUUUUUUUUAAAACGUGUGCCAGAAAACGUGUGCCAGAAACAUGUCGAUGCUGUGACCCAGUGUCAGAGCUGGGCUUAUAUUUGGCUGCUGGUGUUGACUUACUGCAAAGGGCAGUUUAAGUUGAUACAUCGUAGAAGAACCUCCCACUUGGGUUAAAUUGUACAGUUAAUCCGUUGUAACUAUGAAAAUCGAUCAGCUAUUUCAUGUUAGCUGAUCGAUCUACUGACUGUUUUACAAAGAGUUUAUGAUGGCAGAAUACUAAAUUAAUGCCAUCUUGAAUUCA